GUGGCUCGCUAGAAGUCCUUCUGGCUCAAAAGCAAACCUGGAAGAUCUGCAGUUGCUGUCGCUAGUGAUUGUUCUUGGCAGCCAUGGCAUCAGAAGCAACUCCCGCGCCUCUCUACCAAGACCAGUUUGUGGAGAUCUACGCGGACCACUUGAGCAUCAAGACUUACUACUUCCCCUUUGGCCAGGACACGCGGGUUGACCUCCCUUCCGAAUCCGGCACUGUGAGCUUUGCCACCGACCGAGAUCUCGGAUUUACCUGGAAGGACAAGAAGUCCUGGGGUAUGGCGUUCAACAAUGUUUGGUGGGCGCUAGACUUUGGGCGAGAGUUCCGGCAGCGGCACUUGGGCAUUGUGAUCACUGUGGGGGACCACCGAUUUCGAAAAGGCUUCAGUGUCGAAAAGGAGGAAGCCGCCUUGAAAGUUCUUGACUCCUUGUUGCCAAGGACUAAGCACCCGCAAUCUUCAUGAGAGUUGUGCGGUGAUGUGGUGCUUUUAUGAGAUCUGGUCAUGGGUCCGAUGGGCAAUUGCUCACUCGGCUCUGUCAGACAGGCUGAGUGAGGUACAGAGCCAGUCGCUUUGAGCGCUUUGAAAUCUUAUCUCCGGAAGACCUUUUUUUUCCUGAACAUAUCCCACAUGUGUUGGAGAACAAGCAACAUCAAACAGAGGUUUGGGAUUGGAAACGGGCCUAGCUUUGUGUGCAGGAUGGCUAGCCAAGGGUCCACCUGUACAGCGGUGCGAGACCCCGGGAAGCCGCAGCAAUGAAGUCAUUUGGGUGUGGCUCAAAAAAGUUCCGGA